ACAAAAAAGCCUCCCUUCUCCUUCUCCUUACCCUCCGCCGCCUCGUUGUCGUCGCCGUUGAAAUCAAGAAGCAGAGGAAGCGGAAGAAGAACAAGAAGCAGAGGAAGCAGCAGUCGCGGUCGGCGUGGUCGCGGCGGAAGAGGCUGGGUUUUCCCCUCGUCAUUCUCAGCAAUGGACGCCAGGGCUAGAAGAAGCAAAAUUUGGGAGAAUUCACUCAAGUUGAAUCAGAGGGGG